AUGAAACUACCUCGGAAGACUCACGAUCAAUCGAGGGGUCAAAUUUCCCAUAUUGGUCAACAAAGCCUAUCAACAAGUCCUGUAAGUUUGGUCUCGAUCAAGCUAUCGGAUCUAAGCCAAUCGCAUGAUCAGACGGCAAUCGCUUCGCCUAACCUUGGAAUCAUUGAUUCGGAGUAUCUAGGACUUCAAUUCUUGAUCUGCGAGUUCCUACGCGAUCAUAGAGUCGCUAAACCGUGCAAAAUCGAUCGACGAAAUCUAGUGGACUUGGUAGAGAAGGUGGAAAUGAAGAUUUUGGAGCUAUCUCUUGGCUCUGUCUCUCUCUCGAUCGCGCAGCUUUCAUUCUCUCUUCGCUCUGUCUCUCUGUCGCUCAGCUCUCACUCUCUCUUCUCUCUUUCUCUGUCUCGCGCUGCUCUUAGUCUCUCUGACGCAGUGCUCUUCCUCUCCCUGCGGUGUCUGUUCAUCAAAGCUCAACUCCAUCAUUGA